UCUCGUGGGCAGUCGCGUGCGCGUUGCGGGUCCACCUUCACGGCUGCUAUGUUAUUCUGUGUAUUUAUUCGCGUUGGAGGUGGCGGUCGCUUUCUCAUGCUACUCUAAAAAAAAAAAAAAAAAAAGAAAAAAGAAAAAAGAAAGGAGGAGGAGGAGAUGCACCGCACUCCUGCGUCCAGCCAUGGCGUCCCUCUAUAGUGGAUCCCAUACCUUGAGCAAGGAUGAUGUGAACUACAGAAUGCAUUUCCGAAUGAUUAACGAACAGCAAGUUGAGGAUAUCACCAUCGAGUUUUUCUACAAGCCGCACACUAUCACGCUGCUGACCUGCACGGUGCUCAGUUUGAUGUAUUUUGCGUUUACAAGAGAUGAUGGAAAUCCUGACAGUAAUCUCUGGGUGGGGCUCAUCCUGGUCAUCUCCUUCUUCCUAGUUAUCAGUGUCUUGGCAUUUCCUAAUGGCCCAUUCACCAGACCACAUCCAGCAAUAUGGCGUAUGGUUUUUGGUCUGAGUGUCCUUUACUUCCUCUUCCUGGUUUUGAUCAUCUUCCUGAACUGGGAGCAGGUGAAGCUGCUCAUGUAUUGGUUUGACCCAAACCUGCGCUAUGCCAAGCGAGAGGCAGACAUAAUGGAGUAUGCAGUGAACUGCCAUGUGAUCACCUGGGAGAGGAUCCUGAGCCACUUUGACAUUUUUGCAUUCAGUCAUUUCUGGGGCUGGGGCAUGAAGGCCCUGCUGAUUCGCAGCUAUGGACUCUGCUGGACCAUCAGUAUUACCUGGGAGCUCACGGAGCUCUUCUUCAUGCAUCUGCUGCCUAACUUUGCUGAGUGCUGGUGGGACCAGGUGAUUCUGGACAUUCUGCUGUGUAAUGGAGGGGGAAUCUGGCUCGGCAUGACAGUCUGUCGGUUUUUGGAGAUGAGGACCUACCACUGGGCCAGUAUCAAGGACAUCCACACCACCACGGGGAAGAUCAAACGAGCAGUGCUGCAGUUCACCCCGGCCAGCUGGACCUACGUACGCUGGUUUGACCCCAAGUCUUCCCUGCAGCGAGUGAUGGGCGUCUAUCUAUUUAUGAUCAUCUGGCAGCUGACAGAGUUGAACACAUUCUUCCUGAAGCACAUCUUCAUCUUUCCUGCAUGCCACGCUCUUAGCUGGUGUCGGAUCCUGUUCAUUGGCAUUAUUACAGCUCCAACAGUAAGGCAGUAUUAUGCAUACCUUACAGAUACCCAGUGCAAGAGAGUUGGGACCCAGUGUUGGGUGUUUGGGGCAAUAGCCUUCCUGGAGGCCCUGGCGUGUGUGAAGUUUGGACAGGACUUGUUCUCAAAAACACAGAUCCUCUACGUGGUUCUCUGGCUACUGUGUGUGGCCUUCAUUACAUUCCUGUGCCUGUAUGGAAUGGUGUGGUAUGCUGAAACCUAUGGUCCAAGAGAAAAGAGCCUCUCAGAAUGCGAGGACAGUAAUUACACAGAAUCUUUUGACCACAUGUCAGAAGGACUUAAAGGAGAGAUGGAGGUAGACAGUGAUAGCCCUGCAACCAGACGGAGAGGAAAGGGCUCAGGAAAGACCAAAUCCAUCAACGGCCUGGACAGCCAGUAGCCAGAGAGCCAGAGGCUGGAGGGCCCCUCCUGAACUCACACUAAGGAGCCAGGAGAGAAGGAUGAUGCGGAAAGGGUAGAAAGAUAUGAUCAGUUCCUGGUGCAUUUCAACUCUAGAGAAACCCUCGCCUACAAUAGAGGGAGUGGAGACUGAGAAGAGACUAGGUGGAUCAGCAGGUCCAUGCAGUGUUUAUAGGAGUACAGAGAAGCAUCGACUACAGAGAUGCACACUUGUGGGCUGUAGUCACAGAAAUAGCUCCUAUACCCCAAUGAUCACAGGCGUUUGGCUGGGUCUGUGUGUGUGUUUGUGUGUGAGAGAGAUGUGAGAGUGUGAGUGAGAGAUGGCAAUACACGACUGCCCAUCUUAGAUUUGAACGCAUGAUCACAGUAGUUGGUAAACUGUAAUUUACUAAUUACAUUCAUCCUAUGAUACAAUAUAUCAUUGAUGGUUAAUGUAAAUUGACACAUGUAUACCAGCCUUAGGUCCUAUAAGCAAAGUACUGUAUGUAAUUGGAUUAACACAAUAUUAAGAGACAUGUAGAAUAUAUCAUGUAAAAUUGAAGCCUGUAUGUUUCUAGCACAGAAAGGCUUGUAUUCUCUCAGAGUGGGCAUAUAUCUAUUGACAGUCUUUCUCAAUAGUUUCAAUCAUCUAUUGUCAAUCUACAUUUUUCAUUGAUGUAGGUGUUCACGUUUUAUUGUGUUCAUACCUUGAACAGAGAGUGGAAUGUGAACAGGGAUUCAGUGCAAACCAGUUUUAGUUUGGCAGGACAAUUCUUUGAGGCUUUGACCUGGAUUAUAAAGCAAAGCACGCAGUUGAAGCACUUUUUCAAAGAAAACCCUAGAUGCUCCAUGUGAGCAGUUCUGUUUUCUCUGAAAUACUGUACAUUUGUAAUGUUUGAGUAUUUUGUGAAUCAUUGUGACCUUGAGUGAUUUUAUUCUCCCUGUACAUCUGUGGCUGCUAUCGUUUUUUUUUUGUUUUUUUUUACUGUACUGAUAUUAACAGAGGGCAAUCAUUGAGACUUUUGCAUGUGCUCAGGCUGUACCUGACUGUGAGCAGGCAGCUUUGUUUUACUGUUGACAUCCCUGUUAUUGCCCAUGUUGCAUUUGCAUGGCUGUGUCAAACCAACCGAAGUGUUUCAGUAGGAAAAUGUUACCAUACGCAAAGGGUUUUGUGUCACACCGCACACCUGGAAGCCAGUAUUGUUGUUUUUAUGUAUUUCACAGUCAUUGUAACAUUCUAAUUCACCCUUUGUGCCUGUAUGCAUGUUUUUGUUUUGUUUUGUUUUUUUUUUAAAUUCCUAACACUUUAGUUUGUAUUCAGACUAAAUUUUGGGUUGUGUGUGUGUUUUUCUUGUGCUCUCAGAGUGCUUUAUUGAAGAUUUUAUUUGUUUUGCUAUGUCAGUAUCAUCUCAACACAGGUAUGUCCCUCAUAAUCCUAGACAAUCCAGACGCUGACCUCUGUGGAAUGGACCAGGCUCCCAUGCUACACAAUAUAAAUAAAUGGUACCUUGUCUCUGGAUUUAGAUGUCAUUUGCCAAAACAGAUCUGUUGAAAAUGACUUGUGUUGUUCUUUUUCACUGUGAAUUUAAUGAAACAAAUUAAAAAUGUUUUACAUUUCCUCCUAAAAUCUUUUUAGUGUUCUGUUUUCCUCAAGGUAAUAUUAAUGUUGAAGCUUUUGAAUUAAAGUGGCCAGGACAAGCAGUACAACCUUA